AUGGAUUUCAAGACGAAUGUCUUCACCAGUGAUUUCGCUGAAGCUCCAGAACGUCAGCCCGAGGUUCCGCUUGAGGAGAAGCCGAUACCAGUGCGAAAACUCUCCAUCCGCUUCGAGCGCAAAAUGAGUCUGCUGAGCAUUUGUGGCAUCACGCUCACGACUGGCGAGUCAUGGGUUGCGCUGGGCAGUGGAAUUGUUGUCUCCAUCUAUAACCUGGGACCUCCUGGUGUGAUCUUUGGCUUGGUGGCAGCGUCCUUCUUCUACUGGUUUAUAGCAGCCUCUAUUGCUGAGUUGGCAUCAGCAUUGCCGUCGUCGGGAACGGUGUAUCACUGGGCUUCUAUUACGGGUGGGAGAAAAUACGGCAGAGUCUGUGGAUGGUUUGCUGGAUGGUGGAACUUCCUCGCUUGGUUGACGGCAACAGUUUCACUCGGGUUUUUCAUGGCAUUGCAGACCGUCGCAAUGUAUUCAACCGUUCAUCCAGAGUAUGAGCAGCAGAACUGGCAUGUGUUCAUCAGCUUCCUCCUUUGCUCGGUGGUGUGCUCACUUGUGGUCCUCUUCGGUGAUAAAUAUCUCCACUAUAUCGAGAACUUUGGCGCAUUUGCAAGUGGAUUCGGCUUCUUGAUAACUGUUCUUGUCUGCGCCAUCAUGCCCACCCAGAAAGAUACGGGUUAUGCAUCGAACUCACAGGUCUGGGUUGAGACACAGAACGAGACUGGGUAUGAUCCCUUGUCACUGCCUCCGCCUGCCCGAGCCCCUUGA